AACAAGUAGUCGUUUACAGUUAUAGUCAGUCCGUAUCGGGCGCUCGGUCAGCUGAGACCCGUUCGUCUUUGCUCGGAGCACAUUGAUCCAUUAAACCAGUGACAAUCACGUCGCGUUCAAUUUUUGUGUUAAAAAAAAGUGUCUUCGUUUCGUUUUCAUUUGUUUAUCAAAAAAAAAUAAAUAAAUAAAUAAACAACAAAUUAUUAAUAAUACAAGAAAGACUCUUAAGUGUUUUUAAAUAUCAUCACAACAACUUGAAGAUAUUUUACGUGAAAAUAAAAAAUUUUUUACGUGAGAAGCUGACAAAUUAACGAAUUGGGGAAAAUUGUUGAAAUGCAGCCAAUUUCAUCGCUGAGGCUACGACGACAGGCAGUACAUCGAAUUAAAAGGAUAAUGCGUGUUUUAAAAUAGAAGACAGAAUUUUUAAGAACUAUUUUUGAAAAUUUGGAUAUUAAAAUACACUCUUCCUUCCAUUUCAAGGAUAUUUUUUUUAUUUAUUGGUGAAUUUUAAUAAUAUUUAAAGAACUGUGUUUUUUUCUCAAAGACUAUGUUUAAAAAAAAGGAACUGUUUUAAACAAAUAAAGUGUACAGUGAAAUUUUUUUUUUCUAUCCGAACUUCUUGUUUAUGACACAAGUAUAUAAUCGCGAUCUGAGAGAAGCAUCUGACCUUAUCGAGGACGAGGACAGAUCAUUGAACGAGGAAAUUAGAACAUUUUUAAUCAUUUUAAGAUAGAAAAUCUUUCGAUGGAUGACUUGCCAAGCUAAUUAAACGUUCUACCGUUCAUAAACAACUCACAGUCAACUUUAAACACAUUUUAAGAAUAAUGCGAAAUUUGGAGAGGUUAUCAGGCAGCGACCAGGACUGCGGCGAUCAGGAGAUGUAUAUCGACCUGGACGACGCUUCUGUGGAUUCUCUAACCGGGAAACGCGGACGCCAUCAUGUCGUCGGGACAGAGGUGGGCGAGGAGAGUGACAGUAGUGGUAGCGAGAGAAAUCCGAAGCAAGCAAAGAGACGAAAUCGGGGUGGUCCACCCACGACGAGAAGAAGAAAGAGUGGGAUUUCCGCGAGGGAGAGAAAUCUUCGAAGGCUGGAAAGCAACGAGAGAGAAAGAAUGAGAAUGCAUUCCCUAAAUGACGCAUUCGAGCAACUGCGGGAAGUGAUACCACACGUGAAAAUGGAGAGGAAACUUAGUAAAAUCGAAACACUAACGUUGGCCAAGAAUUACAUAAUGGCACUGACGAACGUCAUUUGUGAAAUGCGCGGAGAGGAACAACCAUACACAUUCGUCGACGGAGAAUGUGGUUCCAAUAGUGGCGAUAGUACGGGCCAAUUGGAAUUAAGUGGUGGCGAACAGCCAGAAGAAGCAUCGCCAGCCUCGAUACACGAAACGAAUAACAACAACUUGUUGCACGAGGAUCUAGAACGUAGGAUACCAUAAAUUUCAUCUUCCUCUUUGGAAUAAAGAAAAAACAAAAAGUUUGGUAGCAAAUUCGCAAGGAUUUCGCCCCAAUCAAUAAUAUCGAUUCACUCUCAAUAGCCGAAUGCUGAGAAUUGAUUUAAAAAAAAAAUGUUGAUUGAUCCUGCGAAUCAAAAGAAGAAAAAAAAAUCCACUAUUUCGACUGAUUCGACUGAUUGUGAGCUCCAAACACUCAUCAUUUUACAUCGAUACAUUUAAUGCCAUUGUAGUUGCCGUUUUCGAUACUACGAAUAAAAAAAAACAUUCUUUUUUUUUUGCAAACGAGAAAUCUCGUUAACUCCCGAAAAAGCAAGAGGUUACGAGAAAAAAAUAUAAUAAUCAUUUACUUGAUAAGAAAAUAUUUCUCAAAACAAAAAUUAUUUGUGAGAGAAAACGAAGGACGAAAUAAAUGACUUAAAUUUUAGAAAAAAAGAAGAAGGAGAAGAAUAAGAAGAAUCUGUGCUCGGAUAUGGAGAUACGUGUGAUAAGUGUUAAGCGAUAAUGAAGAUAGAAUUCGGUGCGGGUGUUUUAAAAUGGCCUUGACUGGUCGCUUUUGUAUCUCUCAAGGACGAGGACGAUGGUCAGGCAUACGAUAAAAAAAAAUUGCGAUAGACAGCGAACUUCAAUGUCGGCCUCAAACGCGAAACUGUGAUAGAACCUCGUAAUAAAAAAAAAGAGUGUCGUUUGCAUGCUAUAGUGAGAACACGGCCGCACCAUUUCGUCUUCUCAAUUAUUUUUUUUUUUGUGUCAGGAAACGAAGAUUCCUGCAAAGAUUCCCAUAGAACUAUGUAAAUAUAUAAAUAAAUAAAUAUAUAUCUACAUAAUAUACGCGAGGUAUCAACGAAUCUAAAGAAAGAAAGAGAAAAAGGAGAUUAAAUGUCCUGCGGCUGAAAAAUGAGUGAACGACUGUCUGUUUUCAAUUUUCCUUAAGUAUAUAAUUUAACAAAAAUUCUCUCCGCCAAAAGAAAUUUAUUUAUUAAAUUUCCAACGAUUUUUACUUUCAAGCGUUACGAAAUAAAAAUCGCAUUAAUAUUUUUCUAGAAUUUAUUGAAAUCUUGGAAAUAAGAGAAUAUUAAAAAUUCGUCAAUGUAAAAACAACGAUAAAAGAAAUAUAUAGCAUCACAGUUCGAUGUAUUUGUUGAUAUGAAAAGAUAAUAACCGAGACUUAUAAGAUAAUGGAAUUUUUCGAUUCAUUAAAAAAAAUUAUAUUUCAGUUCAAAGACUGAAAAAUAUUAAAAAAAAAAAAACAGGAAGAUUGGAAACCCGACAAUACUCAGUGAGAGACUCGGAAAAUUUUCUAUGGAACUGAGAAAAAAAAAUUAUAUACCUAUACAAAAAAAAAUGUUGCUAAAAAAACUGCUUUUUUCAGCAACCAGGGAAUUAUUGUUGCCAAUAUUCGUUUAUUGAAGCAACGAAUACAUCGACUUUUUUAGAAUAAUUUUCAUCAACAUGUAUAGCAUAAUAGAAUUUCAAGCCAUAAGUCGCUCGCUGAAUAUUGAGAAGAAAAACGUGUUUUUUCUCAAACAGCGAUUUAUUUGUUUUAUUUUUUUGUAUUAAUUGCGAUCACACGAGAAAUAGGGACCAAAUUGUUAUUGUUUGUUUGAUUGUUCUUGUAUAUCUAUAUAUAUAAUAUAAAUAUAUUUUUUUGGUUUAGUUACCAGGCGCGUGAAGUAUGUAUAAAAAUGAAAUCAUAAGGCCUUAAAUUGUCUCGAGUUACCAGAAAAGCAACAUCUAAUUGAUUAUGUCUUUAACGACAUAAUAAUUAACACUUGCAUUAUAUAAUAUAUAGUGUAAAAAUGAGUAAAAAGAAAAAUGAAGCAAGCAAAAGAGAAUGGUCAGAAGUGAAAUUUAUUGAUUAUUGUAUAUUAAUAUCUAUUUUAAAACGUGUGUACUGUGAAUUUUUGUGUGUUUCAAAAAAUAUUCUAUCGUUUUUUGUUUCUGGAUAAUUUUUUGAAGUGUACAUAUUAUAUUAUAUCGAUUUGUUAAUAACUUAAGCGGAAAAGAA